AUGGUCAUCGGGCCAGCAUGGACCCGGGGCGAAAUCGAGAAGCCAGCUGGGACCAAGAACAUGGGUAGCUGGACUGCCGCGGUCUACACUCCAGAGCAACAAGCUCGCUUAGGUGUGGACGAGUCGGGCAACAAGGUGGCCGAUCUGGCCCAGGCUGCAGCUCCUCCUAAGCUAUGCGGGGCCAUCGGGCCAGCUUGGACCCGGGGCGAAAUCGAAAAACCGGCUGGGACCAAGAACAUGGGCAGCUGGACUGCCGCAGUCUACACUCCAGAGCAACAAGCUCGCUUAGGUGUGGACGAGUCGGGCAACAAGGUUCCCGAUCUGGCCAAGGCUGCAGCUCCUCCGCAGCUGCCGAAGCUCGGGGCCAUAUGCGGGGCCAUCGGGCCAGCUUGGACCCGGGGCGAAAUCGAAAAACCGGCUGGGACCAAGAACAUGGGCAGCUGGACUGCCGCAGUCUACACUCCAGAGCAACAAGCUCGCUUAGGUGUGGACGAGUCGGGCAACAAGGUUCCCGAUCUGGCCGAGGCUGCAGCUCCUCCUAAGCUAUGCGGGGCCAUCGGGCCAGCUUGGACCCGGGGCGAAAUCGAAAAACCGGCUGGGACCAAGAACAUGGGCAGCUGGACUGCCGCAGUUUACACUCCAGAGCAACAAGCUCGCUUAGGUGUGGACGAGUCUGGCAAGAAGGUGGCCGAUCUGGCCAAGGCUGCAGCUCCUCCUAAGCUAUGCGGGGCCAUCGGGCCAGCUUGGACCCGGGGCGAAAUCGAAAAACCGGCUGGGACCAAGAACAUGGGCAGCUGGACUGCCGCAGUUUACACUCCAGAGCAACAAGCUCGCUUAGGUGUGGACGAGUUUGGCAAGAAAGUGGCCGAUCCGGCCAAGGCUGCAGCUCCUCCGAAGCUCGGGGCCACACUCGGGUCCAUUGGGCCAGCUUGGACCCGGGGCGAAAUCGAAAAGCCGGCUGGGACCAAGACCAUGGACACCUUCGCAGGUAGCUGGACUGCUGCAGCAGCGACCUCGACAUUUCCGCAACGGAUCGAAGCUCUUGCAUAG